CACCACUGCAGCUAGCCUUAUCUGAGUUAGCCAGACACACAGAUAUGUAUCCUCCGUUGGUCCACAUUGUAACGAUUUCUGAUAUUAAACAGACAAGCACUACUGUGUCAGAGCGGGAGAACUCUCUUUAAUGAUGCAGUUUCUCUACCUGCUCUUUCCUCAGCUAGUGUUGUGUAACACCUCUGUGUUGCAGCAUUCAGACAGUCCUUUUGAUGUCUUUGCACUUGUGUCCAACAUGUCUGUGGAUUGGGUAGGAUAUGGUUACGCGGCCCUCAUCGCUUCUGGGGGAGUCAUAGGUUACGUCAAAGCAGGCAGUGUCCCCUCUCUGGCUGCUGGUGUUCUCUUCGGCGGACUCGCAGGUUUCGGUGCCUACCAGAUCUCCAAUGACCCUAAACAAGUUUGGGUGUCCCUUGCUACAUCAGGAGCUCUGACUGGUGUGAUGGGAAAGAGGUUCUACGGAUCCAGGAAGUUCAUGCCAGCUGGCUUGAUGGCUGCAGCAAGUCUUGUGAUGGUGGGAAAGCUCGGUCUGUCUCUGCUCCAGAAACCCCAGGAGUCGUGAUGGACUCUGAGGUGUACCCUAUGAUCUGUUUCAUGUCAGCAUCUGUCUUUCACUGUUGACCGUUAAUGUCAUUUUGUAAAGUGUAUAUUUGAGGAUGAAAUAUAGAACCUUGUUUAUAUAAUAGAAA